AUGGGAGAGGGGGAGGGAACUAUGUUUAAGGGGAAGGGAGUAGAAGCAGACUAUAGCACAAAGGAACAGGACCUGGAGAAAGAUGAAGUAAAUUUUCGGAUUGUGCUCAUUGGGAAAACCGGAGUUGGAAAGAGUGCUACAGGAAACACCAUCUUAAGAAGAAAAGCUUUUGAAUCCAAAAUGUCUUUUUCCUCUCUGACAUCAGAGUGUCAGAAGGAAAUAGGAGAAUUUGAAGAUAAAACCAUGGCUGUAGUUGAUACUCCAGGUCUGUAUGACACCAGGCUAACUGAAGAUGGAGUAAGGAAAGAAAUCGUCAGAUGCAUCUCCUUUGCUGCUCCUGGUCCUCAUGUGUUCCUGGUUGUCAUCCAGCCAAGUAGGUUCACCAAAGAAGAACAGAAAACAGUGAAAAUGCUUCAGGACAUGUUUGGGAAAGAGGCAGCAUGUUACACCAUGACCUUGUUCACCCAUGGGGAUGAUAUGGAGGAGGGAGUUUCCAUGAAUGAACUGAUUGGUCAGAGUAAAGAUGUCCGUGACUUCGUCCGUCAGUGUUAUGGAGGAUAUCAUGUUUUUAACAACAGAGACAAGGAUCCUUCUCAGGUCAGAGAGCUGCUGGAAAAAAUCCAUCAAAUGAUUCACAGAAAUGGAGGAAGCUGCUUCACCAAUGAGAUGUUCAAAGAGGCUAAAAGAGCCAUUCUAGAUGAGAUGAGACGACUUCUUAAUGAAAAUGUGAGCAUGAAGAUUGCAGAAGCAAGAAGUCAGGCAGAGAGAAAUAACAGGUUCUUUAAUGCUCUGCUGGCGAGUGCUACAACUACUUCUGGAGCUGCAGUUGGAUUUGCUGUUGGAGCUGGUUUAGGAAGUCUGGCAGGUCCAAUUGGAACUGCAGUGGGAGGAGCAGUGGGAGCUGUAGUAGGUGUGACAGGUGUGGCAGUGAAAAUGAAGGCAUGCCAAAUACAGUGAUAUCCUGUGUUUGUAUGAACAUGCAUGAAAAUAAUUUCAGUAAUCACUUGUAAUUGUACUGAUUGAUCAUACUUUGGCUUGUUAUUGAAUGCAUUAUCUUUACAGAUAGCUUACUGUUUAUAUUUGACUAGGGGCUUCUUACAUUUAAUAAUUAUUAUUGGUUAUUGAUGGUGUGAUUAAUUUGACAUCAUAUUUUCUUAUACCGUCAAAUGUAUCAAGUCAGUGGAAUUAUUUCAUAUCUUGUUUUCUUAUUUAUUCAUAAGAGGACUAAUAUGUUCUUGUGGUGAUUAGCUCUUCAGUGUAAAAGGCAAAACAACGAGAUUUUGUAUUGUAUAUAUAGUUUUAUAUAUUACUGUUGUACCUUAUGUAUCCUCAAGCAUAUUAAUAAACAUAAAUAUCAAAGGACAGUUUGCACCAAGACUGUUAUUUAAGGCACUGAAAUGCAGGCUCAUAACAUUUUUCAUCUAAAAGAGCAAUCUUAAAUGUCAUUACUGAAGUGCUUUUGAAUAAUAAUUUUACUAAGGACUUCCUUAGCCAUCUGUCUGUAGUCUGUAUCAGGAUG